UAUACAGUCAUUGUUUGCAAGACGCUGGGGAAGAAGAGCGCGGUACAAAUUUCAUAGCUCAAAUGUAAACAUUCGACAGUAGAAAUGUGUAAGAUUUUCUAUAAUAUAUAAUGUCCAGCUGAUAUAUCCAGAUGCUGGGUAAGCAAGGAAGAUUCAGACGUAGUUACUCUCUUCUUGCUACAUUGUAGCCAACCACAUUGCAACAUUGUAGCCAGUAAUAACAUUGUAACAACUCAAGUGCCCUCCGUGGACUAUUUGUAGUAAAAGUGAAUUACUGCGCAAUAUUUACUAUUGUAAUCAGACUAGCUGCAAGGUUAUUAUAGUAACAUGAAGCCUCAGUCGAAAACUAACACAGGGAUCAAAAGGGAGACUUCAAUGUCAGCCCAAGCUCGCCCCUCGAAAACCGCUGGAGAGGGCGAGGUAUCGCUCUCUUUCCAGGACGAACUGGCGGCGACGAUCCACGGUGCGUUUGAAGUGGCUGUGGAAAUUGCCGUAUUAGAAGUCACUAAACUGGUAGGUCAAGCGCUUGGGGAUGUCCGCGAUCAGAUGCACGAAACCCUACGGGAAAACAAGUCUCUCAAACAACGCUUGCAAACAGCCGAGCAAGAGUUGGGUGCUGCGCGUGAAUGUGUGGGAACAACGAGAGAUGCAAGUCCGCAGGGACAAUUGUCUACAAGUCCUUUCCACAACGACAACUUAGCAAAGACUCAAAAGCAGUCAAAGGACAAUGAAUUAAAGAUCAAGUCCUCAUAUGCAUUGGAUGAAUAUGGAUAUGCAAUUGUGGAGGCCGAGAUCAGUAGUGAACGACAGAACGACCAUGGAUCUUUCAGUGAAAUCAGCGAGGAUGGUCGGGUGUGUUCGCAAGACCUACAUCCAGCUUCAAGGGGACAGUCUAUCCCUCACGACGACCUGCUUAAAGACGCCAGGGAAGAGACCUCCAGUUUGGACCACAAGGCAAGUGUAGAAAGCAUCAGUCAUCGUGGUUUAGAAAUAACGUUUGGAGAUAAUGACCCAUCACCGCUUCACACGGUCGCCCAGAGCCUUGGGAUGGCGCAGGUUAGAGUGAAGGAGGAGAACGGUUCUGGGUCUGGCUCCAGCUCUGGUUCCAGUUUUGACUCGGUGGUAAAAGAAGACUUUGGUCCUGAUAGUCUGUCUCUGGUUCAGUCCAAGAUGUUAGAGGAGUGGAAACCGGACCCUUUGGACUCUGACUCUCUGCUUCCUGGAACCAGCCAUAGUCUGUCUCACCCUCCUAUGGUCAACACAGAGGUUCCACAUCUGACUGCCCCAUCAGCCAGUGCCCUUCCAGCCUUCUCCUCCCAGUUCCCCAACAACCUCUUCCAUCCAAGGGAGGCAGCAGCUCCCAUCAUCCCUGCUGCCCCACCACAGCUCUAUGGAGUCCAGAUCAGGACCAACCCCAACCCUAAUCCCACCACCCCCCACCACAGCCACAUCUGCAAACUCUGUGGCCAGGGCUUCCACCAACCCAGCGAGCUCCGCAGACACCACACCCAGGACCACCCCAAGCGACAGGUCUUUCCCCCGGGCCAGAGCCCCUACCACUGCAGUGAGUGUGACCGGGAUUUCAACCGUCUGGAGAACCUGAAGACUCACCUGAGAAUCCACACUGGAGAGAGACCCUAUACCUGCUCAGUGUGCUCCAUGCGCUUCCGCCACUCGGGGGCGCUCACCAGGCAUUUUCGCAUACACACUGGGGAGAAGCCGUACGUCUGCGGCCAGUGUGGAAAGACAUUCCGGAACUGUGGGGGACUCCGGUUCCACCAGCGUUCCCAUAGUAGACAGGGACAAUGCUAGAGUAGCGAUUUAGGGGGGGGAUACAGCAGAGCAAGCUCAGUCACUACCUCCUUUGCCAUAAUGGUCCAGACCCCUUGGCACUGGCUGACAGUCUUUACCAAACCAUUCAAGAUGAAAACGUAUUAAACUUGGCCAGGCCUUAAAGGGGAAAUCUGCAGUCAGUCGCUACAAAUGUUUAUUCAUUUAUAAAUUAAUGAUAUGUACCCAUUUGAUUCUUGAAGAAUAUAACUUUUUUGAGCAUAGUUACAUUUUCGUACCUUAAUCAAAAUCCAAAAAUUUUAUCUUGUUUUACUCCGAUGUUUGUAAACAAAGUUCAUGUAAACAAACACUGGAUACCAUUGAAACAUGGUUAAACCUGUAGUUUUGAUAUCAUGGACCGUCAGUCCUUGCAUCCAUAGCUCUAUGGAUUUGAGAGUGGUUAGAUUUCUCCAGCCCCAUCCCUCAGCUGUUAACGAAACAGUGGCGGGGAGAUGCGCUUUGUUAUUGUUUUAACUGCUGAUUGCUGCUUUAACACCAACCAUGUCUGUCAUUUUCUACAGAUGUCUUACACAAUGUGCCACUCUUUUUGUGACUAAAUUGCUCACUGUCGUGGCUCGCUAGCCCCACUUCAUGGAAGAACCUCAUCGCAUUAAGGCAGCCACAACAGUGGUGUGGUAAUGGGUGUAUGGCUCUAUAGGCUGUCCCUGCUGGGAACACACUCAGAUCUUAACUUACUUACAAUACACUACCUGAUAUAAUCCCAGUGUUUCUGUUAUAUGAAUAAACCCCCUGCACAGAUAUGCACUUACAGCCCCUCUUUCGGUGGCUACCUCAUGCCAUGCCCUGCUGAAAUAGAAAGAUCUGAUACGCUGCUGCUGCUGGUGUAAAUAUUUCCAAUUUAAUUGCCAUGAUCUCAGUGGUUCCUGAUGACAUACUGUCGUAUUGCCUUAGUUAAAUGCAAUCAACUUAAAACACAAAGGGUAGUUCCUUAUCUCUAUCACAUUUUAGUCAUUUAGCAGACGCUCUUAUCCAGAGCGACUUACAGUUAGUGAGUGCAUACAUUUUUCAUACUG